UCUGUCUCAUUUCCUCCCAUCCUCCAGAUCCUCAGUCUUCACCUCCUCUCAAUGUCUGCUCAGUCUCUCCAUCCUCCUCAUGCUCCCGUCACACCCCCACCUUUGCAUUGUAUUCUGCGUGGUGUGGGUGAUCGAUCACGACAUGCCUUUUAAAUGUGAUGUGAUGUAGGCAGGAUCCCGCAGACUGUGAUUCACUCCAAAAGGAGGAGCUUACUGAGGAGCGUGAGGCGCUCGGAGGACUGGAUGCACGGAGAGAGUUUGUGCGUGCUUGGUCAGCUUUUAUUCACCGCACCGGGUCUUCUGUUGUAAAAACGCACGGGGGAAGACGACAGGAUGGAGCGGAUGGAGUCGAUGGAGCCGAUCUCGGUUUACUACACCACGGAUUACCCGGAGAUCCAUCCUGAUAGCGCCUACGGAUCAACAGAGACUACCGACUGCCAAGCAAAGACUCCCCCCGUUCCGGUAUAUGACGAAGAGUUAGUGCACAAGACAAUCCUGGUUGGGGACAGUGGCGUGGGAAAGACAUCUCUGUUGGUGCAGUUCGAUCAGGGAAAGUUCAUCCCCGGCUCCUUCUCUGCCACAGUGGGCAUUGGAUUCACGAAUAAAGUCGUGACUGUUGACGAUGUAAAAGUCAAACUACAGAUAUGGGACACAGCGGGACAAGAAAGGUUCAGAAGUGUGACACAUGCAUAUUACAGAGAUGCACACGCCUUGCUCCUCCUAUACGACAUCACCAGUAAAUCAUCCUUUGAUAACAUCACGGCAUGGUUAACGGAGAUCCAUGAGUAUGCACAGAGCGAUGUAGUCAUCAUGUUGCUGGGCAACAAGGCUGACAUGAGCAGUGACAGAGCGAUCAAGAGAGAUGAAGGAGAGAGGCUUGCCAGAGAGUAUUCAGUUCCCUUCAUGGAGACGAGUGCCAAGACAGGAGUCAAUGUAGAGCUGGCCUUCACUGCUGUGGCCAAGGAACUGAAGCACCGGGCCGUCCAACACCCCAAUGAACCCAAGUUCCAGAUUCAUGAAUACAUUGAAGCAAAGAAAGAGAAGUCAGGCUGCUGUAGCUACUUCUAGAUCUCCUCUCCUGAGUCCUCCUCCCACCACUCUGGGUGAACAGACUUUCAGAGACACACUGAGAGCUACUGAGUGGGAGGAAGCCCUAUUAACUCACUGCUGCUCCCAAAAUAUGAUGCUGUUAUUCAUUCAAGACUAAAACCCAAAAGUUGACCAAUGGAAUGAGAGGAGGGAGAACCAAGCUAUAAACUCACAAAACCAAUGAUAUUCCUUUGCCAAGAAAAGUUUACCCAAAUCUUUAGGCGAACAUUUAUUAUCACGCGCUUCUGAAGAUUUGUAGUAGACAUUUUAACAAAUAGUAUCGAUUUUAUCUAAUUACAGGAGAACAUAGCCUUUAAAGGAAAUGAACUCAUUUGCUCUGUUUACGAGUGUGAGAUGAGGAUGAUUGAUAUCAAUCUCAUAUCUGUGCAUUGCAUCAGGAGCUAAACUCAGAUGUUAUUAGCCUAGCUUAGCAUAAAGACUGAAUACAUGGGGAAAGAACUAGCCUGGCUCUGUUCAAAGUUCAAAAAUACACCUACCAACACCUACCAGCACCCUACUGUACGUAUCAAAUGUAAAGUCCUCAAUUUGCAAUUUUAGGGGAGUUAUUUGCUGCAACUAUUUUUUGCCCCGCACAGUCACUGCGCCUAGCAGUUUGCUAAGAAAUAGUUCCAGCAUGUAAUUCCCUCUAAAGCCAUUUUUACAUUUUUGUUUUUGUACAAA